AUGGAUUACUUAUUAAUAAUAAACAUUAUUCUUACAAAUUCUGGUGUUUUAAAGUUAAUAAAAUUACAAAUAGCGUCAGUUGUGUGUAGACGUUCCACCAUGUCGCGUCGUCAGUUUACGUUGGACGAAAAAAUCGGUAUAAUCGGGCGUUUAGAAAAUGGUGAGAAAAACAGCGUAAUUUCAAAAGAAUUCGGCACCUGUUCGUCGACAAUUUCGACCAUAUGGAAGAACAAGGAUAAGUUGAAAAAUAUGUUUCAAACCACGUCACUUAACGCAAAACGAUUGCGCACUGCACAGCAUAAGGACCUUGAAGAAGCUGCACUAGUAUGGUUCAAACAACAACGAUAUGCCGUCAAUAUCCGAAGCUCGUGCUGCAUUGAGGACACUAGAAAGAUUUUAUUACACAAAAUAUGA